CUACAAAUAGCGCUGAAUGUUUUAUAACCAUCUCUAAUGAAUGCAUGAAAGAUUUAACUUGUUGUGGUGAAGAUUCAUGGAAAUGUUUCAGUUAAAGUACCGAUGAUAUUCAGAGUAACACUGAAAAUCAGGAGGGUGCAAAAACUUUUUCCACACCACUGUUCUUGCCAGUUUUAUGUUUAUUUAUCCUGCCUUUUAAUUAUUCUUAUGAGGUGGCAUACAUUAUCUUCUCAAAAGAAAAUCUUGACAUAUUUCCUCUUACGUCAGUGCCGGGUUCAAAUCGCUUUCCAGGAGCUUGAUGUUACAUAAUAUACAGAAAGAAUGUUUAGGCAUUCAUCAGUAGAUAUCAUGUGUCUGCCAAGACCUUGCUCAGUGAUGUACAGUAUUCUUUGAGCAAAUACUGCAGCCAAUCAGAAGACAGAUCUCCCAAGGGUAAUCUAAGUGAGAGGGAGGGCAUAGUAUCCCCUUGUGACCCAACUGGGCAAUGAAGGGCUCAAAGGAGCAAUGGCCUCCAAGCAGUCACAUCUCGCAGAAGACCUGUCAUGCCCCAUUUGUGGAAAUAUCCUACAAAAGCCCAUAGUGCUGUUUUGCAGACAUCGCUUCUGUAAACUCUGUCUGGAGAGCCUGUGGAAUGGUGGAGGAUCUUGCGAAUGCCCCCUUUGCUGUCAGCCAUCAUCUAUGGGGGAGCUCAUAGUCAACACCACACUUGAAAAGACCUGCGAGGGCUUUCUGGAGCACUGCAAAAAUGACCCUCUUGCGUGCAAGGAGCAUGGCGAGACCUUGACACUCUUUUGUUUGGAGGACCUGGAACCCACUUGUAGCACAUGCAAAUCAUCUGCCUACCACAAGAGUCACAGGUUAUAUCCCUUAAAUGAAGCUUCACAUGACUGCAAGGAGGAACUCAAAAAUGCUUUGAAACCACUUCAGCAUAAACUGAAGCUCUUCCAAAAAGCAAAACUCACUUGUGAGCAAGCAAUAGACCAUAUUAAGAGUCAGGCAGAGAACACAGAGAGGCAGAUACGAGAGGAGUUUGAGGCACUGCACCAGUUCCUGAGACACGAGGAGGCCUCCAGGCUUUCGGUGCUAAAGCAGGAGGAGGAUCAGAAAAGGCAGAUGAUGAAUGAUAAGAUUGAAGAUUUGGACAAUGACAUCUCUUCACUUAGCAACACUAUAAGAAUUGUUGAACAGGAGAUGAGAUCUCAGGAUAUCCCAUUCCUCAAGAAUUAUAAAGACACCAUAAAGAGAACCUGGCGUAUUCCCCAGGAUCCAGAGAUGAUAACAGGUUCACUGCUUGAUGUAGCCAAACAUCUAGGCUCAUUAAAGUUUAAAGUCUGGGAAAGAAUGAUGGAAAUCAUUCAAUAUACUCCAGUGACUCUUGAUCCAAACACUGCGGCAAGCUGCUUCCUCCUGUCAGAGGAUCUGACUACAAUACAGUGCUGCUCGCAGACCUUUAAACUCCCAGAAAACCCUGAGCGCUUCGAUAUAGGUGCAGAGGUGCUGGGCUAUGAGGGCUUCAGCUCAGGGCGACACAGCUGGGACGUGGAGGUCAAAAACAACACUUACUGGGUCAUUGGAGUUGCAAGCGCAUCCAUCAGCCGGAAGGGAAAGCAUGUACUGACCCCUGCAGAGGGAUUCUGGACCAUUAGGCUACGAAACGGAGAGUAUAAGGCCUGUACUGCCCCAUGGUCACCGCUAACUAUGACUAAGGAGCCGCAGGUGGUGAGAGUCGUAUUGGACAUGAACAGGUCCAGGGUGACUUUCUACGACCCACGAGAGAGAACGCCUCUGUUCACCUUCACGGACAUCAUCACUUCGAGAGGAUUCCCAUACUUCUGCAGCGCCUGUAAGGAGCACCCACUGAAAGUGUUGCCAGCAUGGAUCUCUAUUAAGACAGACUGAUGCGAAGAACGUGCCUCUCAGCGUCUCUUUCUUCAAGUCUCACCUCUCAUGUUAAGCCCGGCUCAAACUGAGUGAAUUUGGCAACUAUUUGGUCGCCUUAGACAAAUUUUAAUUCCUAUAAUCCAAGGCUAAAAUCUGUUG